AUGGCCGCAGGCGCAGACUUCAUCUCCUCCUGGAUGAAAUCCCAAAAACCCCUCGGCCCCUCCAUGAAGUCCGCCCCAACCUUCACCCGCAACCUAGAAGAAUCCCUCGACGUGAAGCGCGCCUCCCACGCCAUGUUCCCGCCGCUGAUCGCGGCCUGGAAAUCCGGCGCAUCCAUCGACUUCUGCUCCAACGACCUGCUCUCGCUGGGCCGGACGGGCGCGAUCCGCGAGGCCUUCCUGGCGGAGCUGGCGGCGCACCCGGACUUUCAGAUGUACGCCGGGGGCACGCGGAUUAUGGAUGGGAAUUAUGCGUACUUGGAGCAGACGGAGCGGGAAGUUGCGGAAUUCCAUGGCGCGGAGGCGGCGCUGAUGGUGAAUUCGGGGUUCGAGGCGAAUAUGGCGAUUUAUACGGCGCUGCCGAGGCCGGGGGAUGUGGUUGUCUAUGAUGAGUUGGUGCAUGCGAGUACGCAUGAUGGUGAGUUCCAGUUGGGCUUCCAGCGGCCAGUGUUGGGGUGCGUUCGCUGAUUGAUGGUCUUUGUGUAACGGAUAGGCAUGGCGCACUCGCUUGCCGCUACGAAAUUGCAGUUCCGGCACAACGAUCUCGAUGCUUUUCGCGAUGUGAUGACUUCUGCGCACGACUCUUAUCCCAUGGUCCGGGAUGGGUCGAGGUGUGUUCUGGUCUCGGUGGAGUCGGUGUACAGCAUGGGUAAGCUCGAUAGAAUUCAUCCCACCUACCUCAAAAGCUUUCUGCUGAUCACACUUUUCGACAACAGAUGGCGAUGUCUGCCCCCUGAAAGAGCUCGUGGAGGUCGCGAAAGAGAUCUUCCCCAAGGGAAAUGCCGUCUUCAUCGUCGACGAGGCCCACGCUGUACGUCUAUUCCCGACCAUUUGGAGUGUUUGAACGUACUGACGAUAGAUCGUGAUAGACUGGGAUUCUCGGUCCAAACGGCGUAGGUCUCGUCAGCGCCCUGGGCCUGGAGAAGGAGAUUGCCGUGCGUCUGCAUACUUGUGGUAAAGCCUUGGGAUCUUCCGGAGGUCAGGAAAUCCGCACACAAUAGUCGGAAUUGUUAUCCAUACUGACCGUAAUCUCUCUACCAGCCUUCAUCCUCGGCAGCGACACCGUCCGUCGGACUCUCAUCAACUUCGCCCGCUGUGUCAUCUACACCACCGCGCCCUCGUUCCCCGCAGCAGCAGCGGUUCGCUCAGCCUACAGACUCCUCCGGACAGGAGCUACUCAGGAGGUAAGCAACAUCCCCCAAAAACACAAAGAAGCCAGAGAGAGAGAGAGAGAGAGAAGACUCACCAUCCCACUCCCAACCCACAGCCUCAAAGCCGAAUCCAACACCUAGUAAAACACUUCUUCGCCACAAUAACCGCCCACCCCAUCUGGACACGAGCAACCGACACGGGAAUCCUCUCCAUCCCCGUGGCGGAAGACUGGGAGACCACCGACUGGCACGCGCACAUCGUCCCCCUGUGGACCCGCCAGCGCUACAACUGGUUCCUCGUCUUCCACCUCCAGCUGGCCGGCAUCUCCGCCCUGCCGGUCGAUUACCCCACCGUCCCCAAGGGCCAGGGGAGGAUCCGGCUGAUGUUCCAUGCUGCUAAUACGGAAAGGGAAGUCGAGCAUUUGGCCAAUACGGUGGGCGAUUGGGCGAGGGAGAUGAUUGAGAUUGAGGAUGGGGUUAAGGAGAAUAAGGUUCCGGUUGCGGCGCAGCAGGCUUAUGCUCUGAUGGCUCGGUAG